AUGAGUAGAAAUGGCCUUGAAUCGAUUUGUAAUUAAGCCACAAAUUUUUGGAAAUCGCAACUUUUGCCAUAAAAAAAAUAAGUUGAAGAAGUUUCUACUAAUUUUGGUUCAAAUAUCCUCGUUGAAUGCUCUUUUAUUGAAGUUUCAGCUAAAAAAACUGAAGAGUUUCUGUUUCCAUAAGCCCCAAACCCCAGUCAGGUUAACGAAAAAUGUGAGGAAGAACCUCUUUAUACUUAAAAACAUAACUCUUCUUAAAUUGAAAUUGAUGAAAAUUUUGAAGAGGAGGGAUAUGAACUAUCCUGUUCUCAAAGUUAGUGUAGGAGGAAGGAAAAGAAGAAAUCUAGAACUCGAUCAAACAAAUCAAGUAAGAAUUUUCAUUAUAAGAUAAGCUAAGUAAAGAAUAACAAUAAGCCAAGAGGCUUUCAUCAUGGAACAAACUAGAAUGGGAACCAACCUCAAAGACAUAGCUCAUCAAAUUCCUGGGGUGACUAUCAACCAAAUUAAGAGUGUGUUGAUGAAAAAACUAAAAACAUAUAGUAAAAAUAACGAUUUUCAAAGCGAAGAUAUUUCAGAUCUAAUUGAAAGGAUCUCUAAGUUACAACAGUAAUUAUAAUAAUUAAACUUAGGGAAGAAAACAUAGACAAUGCUACGAAAAUAGAGGAGUUAAGACAGCAUAUCCACGCAAUAGAGAAUCACUUGGAUUAGACGAAGAAGUUGAUCUUAUAAAAAUAUAUGAUUUUAUUUCAACAAUAGCAGUGA